AUGGCCACAAGUAGAAGAGGGGGCAGCCGCUCCUAUGGAAACGCGAAACGUGAUUCUCAUCGAUGUCAAGACCCGCGAAGGGAGCAAAUCCGGCAGCAACUUAGCAUUAUCUCCGAAGAAACCAAAGAUCUCAUACCAUUGGUUCUAGAUCGGACACAGGAAUGCUCGGACGGGUUCCUCAUCCACGGCCCCGGUGUUCCACGCCUCAAGGCCGAGAAUUGCCCUGGGUUUACCGGCGUAAGGGUGCGUGUCAUGGAACAAGACACAUUUGAUGCCGCAAUUCACUUGACCAAUAAGAAUGACCAGAACGCCAUCUCAAAUACCACCGCCACAAGUGCGAAUGAUAAUACAACCGCGGAACCCGACUAUGGACAUACAUGCAUUCUCAACAUGGCCAGCGCAAAAAGACCAGGUGGGGGCUGGUUGUCAGGAGCUGCAGCACAAGAAGAAUCGCUCUGUCGACGGAGUACACUUAUUGAAACUCUCAAGGAAGGGUUCUACCGGAUCCCAAAGUGUGGAGCUAUCUAUUCGCCUUCGGUCGUUGUGUUUAGAAGCAGCCGGGCGCUUGGGCAUAAAUUGAUGGACCUAGACGACCCAGAUUCCCUGCCUAUCGUGAGUGCCAUUAGUGUUGCUGCCCUUGUGAGACCACCAGUGAAGACUGUGAGGGUUAUUACAGGCUCGAAUAACGACGGAGGCGAGGCAGCUACACCAUCUGCGUCAUCAAAGCAGGUCUAUGAGCGAGCGUCAGAUAGGGAAACAAUGAAAGAUAAAAUGCGGCUUAUUCUUAGGGUUUCGGCAUCGAAGGGACACAGACGAAUUGUUUUGGGUGCUUUCGGCUGUGGAGCAUUUGGAAAUCCCAGGGAGGAUGCAGCUGAUUGUUGGGCAGAGGUGUUUGGCGAAGCCGAGUUUCAAGGUGGAUGGUGGAAAGAUGUUAUCUUUGCUAUCCUUGAUCCACCAGUUCGGCCUGGCCAGAACCAACAGGGCUGUGGGAAUGCUGGUGCCUAUAUUGGGAGGUUGGAUGGAUUGCCAGUGUCGCCUCAAUGA